AUGGCUCCCGGUCACCUCCGCCGUCCGCCACAGGCCCCGCCCACAUUCACUGCGACCCCGCAGUCUUUGGUGGCUGAUGCGGAGCGUCUCAUCAACGUCUCCCGAGCCGUCCAGGAUAAGGUCGUCGCUGAGGUCAAACCGGAAGCGGCUACAUUUGCCAGUGUAUUGACUCCUCUGGCGCAAGAUGAGAAUGUCAUGGCCCUUGAAGCGCACAUUUUGGGCUUCUACCAGGCCGUAUCAACGGACCAGAAGCUUCGUGAUGCCUCUUCCAAGGCCGAGGAACUCAUGGAUGAGUUCUUCAUCGAAUCCGGCAUGCGGGAGGAUGUCUACAAGCUGGUUGAUGCGGCGUUGAAUAAGAAUGAGAGUCUGGCCCCGGAAUCCCGCCGCCUGCUGGAGAAGGAGCACAAGGGAUUUGUUCGGAACGGAUUGGGUCUCCCUGCGGGUCCUCAGCGCGCUCGCUUCAAGGAGAUCAAGAAGCGUCUCAGUCAGCUCAGUAUUGAAUUCCAGAAAAACCUGAAUGAAGAGAAUGGUGGGAUCUGGUUCACUCUGGAGCAACUGAACGGUGUCCCCGAGGACGUCCUGUCUGGACUGAAACGUGGCGAGGGGGAAAAUGCCGACAAGCUCUGGUUGACUUUCAAAUACCCGGAUCUCUUCCCGACAAUGAAGUAUGCCACCAAUCCAGAGACCCGGAAGCAGGUCAUGAUCGCCAACGAGAACAAGUGCAACCAAAAUGUGCCCUUGUUCCGCGAGGCGAUUGUGCUGCGUGACGAGGCCGCUCGCCUGCUGGGAUAUCCCAACCACGCCGCCUUCCGCAUCGAGGACAAGAUGGCCAAAACCCCGGAGACCGUCGACAAUUUCUUGGGCGAUUUGCGCUCCCGUUUGAUCGCUGGAGGACAGCAAGAGAUCAAAACCCUAAUGGAAUUCAAGAAAGCUACUGACCCCAAGUCCGACGGUCGCUACUAUCUGUGGGAUCACCGGUUCUAUGACCGUGUAAUGCUGGAGAAGGACUACUCACUGGACCAGCAACUUAUUGCAGAGUACUUCCCGCUGCAAACCACCAUCCAGGGUAUGUUGAAGAUUUUCGAGGAGUUGUUUGGCUUGGAGUUUGUUGAGAUUGUCGGUGAGGACCGCGCCUCUGUGGCUCCUACCGGUAAGGGCAACGAUAUUGUCUGGCACAAGGAUGUUCAGGUGUUCAGCGUUUGGAAUGAUGAAGGUGAGGGAAGUGACUUUGUCGGAUACUUGUAUCUGGAUCUGUUCCCUCGUGAGGGCAAGUAUGGUCACGCCGCCAACUUCAACCUUCAGCCGGGUUUCAUUGCUGCUGAUGGCAAGCGCCGCUACCCUGCCACCGCACUGGUGUGCAACUUUACCAAGCCGACCCCCAAGAAGCCUAGUCUGCUUAAGCACGACGAGGUUGUGACCCUCUUCCACGAGUUGGGCCAUGGGAUCCACGACUUGGUCUCGAAAACCAUCUACUCCCGCUUCCAUGGCACCAACACUGUCCGCGACUUUGUCGAGGCUCCUAGCCAAAUGCUUGAGAACUGGUGCUGGACACCAUCCCAGCUGCGCUCUCUCAGCCGUCAUUAUUCUACUCUCUCGCCUGAAUAUCUGGCCGGAUGGCAAGAAGCCAACCAGGCCCGCAGCGGUGGUAAAACCGCCUCCGGGCCGCCGUCUGAGCGUAUCCCGGAUGAUGUUAUUGAGAACCUCAUCCGCACGAAGCACGUCAAUGGCGCCCUAUUUAACCUGCGCCAGCUGCACUUCGGUAUCUUCGAUAUGACCGUUCAUGAGCCCAAGAGCCACGCCGAGAUUGAGGGUGUCGCCAUUUCUGCCACCUAUAACCGUCUGCGACAGGAGAUCACCCAAAUGGAUGGCCCCGAAGCGCUUGGCGCUGGCGACGAAUGGGGUCACGGCGAGGCAACUUUUGGUCACUUGAUUGGUGGCUACGAUGCCGGGUACUACGGUUAUCUGAGCUCCCAAGUAUACUCCACCGACAUGUUCUACACCGUGUUUAAGGAUGAUCCCAUGAACAAGGCUGCGGGUCGUCGCUACCGGUAUCAGGUACUGGAGAAGGGAGGUAGCCAGGACGAGAUGACUACGCUAACCAACUUUUUGGGUCGCGAGCCGCGCACCGAUGCGUUCUACCAGGACCUUGGACUGGCGUAG